AUGUCUAAGUUUAUUCCUGUGGGUUUGUGUUUGGUUGCUUGUGUUAUCAGUCAAAGUGAUGAACAUUUCCAAACAAAUAAUUUGACUUUUGUGGUGAAGCCUAAAGGCAUUUAUCGUAUGCUUGGGCACAGUCAGGCUGAGAAUUUAACAGCAGGAAUCAUCUCAAACAUCGAAAACGUGCAAACUUUGUAUUUACUGGACGAUUCCAUUCGAGAAAUUCAACCUGGGGCUUUCAAAAAUUUGCCAAAACUUAAACAUCUCAUGAUACAGUACAACGACAUUUCGAAGAUUGACGCAGGAAUUUUCAACAAUUUACCAACUCUGACGUACCUAGAAUUGGGUGAUAAUGAAAUCUCGUUUAUUGAUCCUCACGCUUUUGAUAAUUUGACUCGUUUGACUUCGCUCCGUUUAAACAACAAUAAAUUGACCGAAAUAGAUUCGCACUGGUUUGAGGACAAGCCUGAUCUCAAAAAUAUUCACCUUGCUGGGAACUCAAUUAGAAAAAUUUCGGCCGAUCAAUUUGCUAGUUUAAAAGGCAAAAAAUCGAUGUCUGUUUAUUUGGGUAAUAAUCCUGUAGAGACAAUCGAAGAUGAUGCGUUCAAAGGACUUGAGGAUUUGUCAGUCUUGUCCUUGAAAAAUUUAAACCUGACAACGAUCACCGGGACGUUCCUUCAAGAAAUUAAAAUCAACAAGUUGGAACUCAACAGAAAUCAAAUUAAGUGUGUUGAAGAAAAAGACUUUGAUAAAGUCUUUGUAGCUGAAACGACCAAUAUGAGGGAAAAUCCAUUACAGGCUGAGUGUUUGAACAAGAUUCAACAGUGGGCCCAAAAGCACAACAAAACCGUUGUCACAUAUCAAAGUGAUGAACAUUUCCGAACAAAUAAUUUGACUUUUGUGGUGGAGCCUAAAGGCAUUUAUCGUAUGCUUGGGCACAGUCAGGCUGAGAAUUUAACAGCAGGAAUCAUCUCAAACAUCGAAAAAGUGCAAACUUUGUUUUUACUGGACGAUUCCAUUCGAGAAAUUCAACCUGGGGCUUUCAAAAACUUGCCAAAACUUAAACAUCUAAUGAUACAAUACAACGACAUUUCGAAGAUUGACGCAGGAAUUUUCAACAAUUUACCAACUCUGACGUACCUGGAAUUGGGUGAUAAUGAAAUCUCGUUCAUCAAUCCUCACGCUUUUGAUAAUUUGACUCGUUUGACUUCGCUCCGUUUAAAACAUAAUAAAUUGGAUAAAAUAGAUUCGCACUGGUUUGAAGAUAAACCUGAUCUUAAAUACAUCCAUUUGGCGGGUAAUUUGAUUAAAAAAAUUUCAGCCGAUCAAUUUGCGAGUUUAAAAGGGAAAAAAUCGAUGUCAGUUUAUUUGGGUCAUAAUCCUGUGGAGACAAUAGAAGAUGAUGCUUUCAAAGAAUUUGAAGAAAUGUCACUCUUGUGUUUGAACAAUAUCACCCUUACGACCAUCACCGGAACUUUUCUUCAAAAUGUUCAAAUGGAAAUUUUGGGAAUCAACGGAAACAAAAUUAACUGUGUUAAUGAGGAAGACUUUGCUAAAGUUUUUGUAGCCAAGAAGACUGAAAUAAAGGGAAAUCCACUGAAAGCUGAUUGUUUGAACAAAAUUCAACUGUGGGCCCAAAAACACAACAAAAGUGUUAUCACAGAAAAUGCUAUUACACAAAUUGUUCUGUUUGGUUCACUCUCCCAUAGAGCCAUGUCUAUUACGAAAAUUCUUUUUGUGGGUUUAUGCCUUGCCUUGAGUGUUAGUGGACGUGAUAGACAUUUUCGAACAAAUACUGGUAAUUUAACUUUUUCGGUGGAACCUAAUGAUGACAGCAUUUAUCAUCUCCUGGGAUCCAGUCAAGUUGAUAAUUUAACAGCAGGAAUUUUCCCACAUAUCCCAGAUAUGAAAACUUUGUAUGUAGUGGAUUAUUCAAUCCGGGAUAUUCAACCUGGAGCUUUCCAAAACAUCCCACAACUCAAGUACCUCACGAUACAAUACAAUGACAUAUCGAAAAUUGAAGCAGGAAUUUUCAACAAUUUCCCAAACUUGACAUACCUGCAACUCAGUGAUAAUAAAAUCUCGUACAUUGAUCCUCACGCUUUUGAUAAUUUGGCUCGUCUGACCACGCUUCGUUUGGUCAACAAUAAAUUGACUCAAAUUGAUUCGCACUGGUUUGAGAAUAAACCUGAUCUCAAUUACAUUAACUUUGCGGGUAAUUUGCUUAAAAAAAUUUCCGCUGAUGCUUUUGCGAGUUUAAAAGGGCGGAAAUCGAUGUUUCUUACUUUGGGAAGAAAUCCUGUGGAGGUAAUCGAAGACGACGCUUUCAGAGGAUUUAAGGACUUUUCACUCUUGUCUUUGGGAAAUCUGAACCUAACGAUGAUCAGCGGAACUUUUCUCCAAGGACUAAAAAUCAAAAAGUUGGAACUCAACAGAAAUAAAUUCAUCUGUGUUGAGGAAAAAGACUUUGAUAAAGUCUUUGUAGCUGAGACGACUGAAAUGAGGGAAAAUCCACUGGAGCCUGAGUGUUUGAAGAAAAUUCAAGUUUGGACACAAAAACAUAACAAAAAAAUUCUCACUGUCAGUAAGCUUGCGGUUUCAAAUAAGGCGCUGAUAUUUAUUUUGCAGGUCUGGGGUUUCAACAAUAAAUAAGUUCAGGAGUAUGGAGAAUUGCCAGCUGAAACAUUGUAGGAAUUCCUGCACGGAGAAAACUGUCUAUUGAAAUUUGUCUAGUACGUUUUUUCUAAUAAAGUUUAUAAUUUCGUUU